CGCGGCGCCAUUGCUGCCGGCGCUGCCCGCGCUGGGCUCUGCCUCGGCUCUGCUCUGCCUGCGCCAGCAUGGCCUCACUGGACACAGAUAAGAACUAGGAAGGGAAGCAGCACCCAGAGAACAAAAUGGAGCAGGCAAAGUGCAGCCCCAAGGAAGAGGAGAAGGAGGCCAAGACAGAGGAUAAUAGCAAGGGGAAUGAUGAUUGUGAUGAGUACGAGGAGGAUGAAGAGGGUGAAGAUGACCAGGAUGAGGAAGUGAAGGAAGAGGAGGAAAGGUUCAUGGUAGCUCCCUCUGUGCCACUCAAGCAGCUGAUUCAGUGCCUGGAGUGCGGACAGAGCUUCACACGGCGCUCCAGACUCAUUGCCCACUGCCGAAUCCACACGGGUGAGAAGCCCUUCAGCUGUGCUGAUUGUGGCAAGAGCUUCACACAGCGCUCUAGCCUCAUUAAACACCACCGAACUCACACCGGCGAGAAGCCCUUCAGCUGUGCUGACUGUGGCAAGACCUUCACACAGCGCUCUAGCCUCGUUGACCACUGCCGAAUCCAUACUGGUGAGAAGCCUUUCAGCUGUGCUGACUGUGGUGAGAGCUUCACACUGCGCUGUAGCCUCAUUUCCCACUGCCGUACACACACUGGUGAGAGGCCUUACAGCUGUGCAGCCUGUGGCAAAAGUUUCAGUCACAAGUCUGCCCUCAGCCAGCACCGCAGUGUCCACACCACUGAGAAGUCCUACAGCUGCAAGGACUGUGGCAAGAGGUUCAAACAGAGCUCUACGCUCACCAUCCACCGCCGAAUCCACACCAGAGAGAAGCUGUUCCCCUGUGCAGAGUGUGGCAAGAGCUUCACCACGAGCUACAGAUUCAUCCAGCACAGACUCAUCCACAGCGGUGAGAAACCCUACAGCUGCGUCGACUGUGGCAAGAGCUUCAUGCGGCGUUCACGCCUCAUUGACCACCGCCGAUCACACACCAGCAAGAGGCUGUACAGCUGUGAUGAAUGCAGCAAGAGUUUCACUCACAAGUCUGCCCUCACAAAGCACCACAAUGUGCACACCACUGAGAAGUCCUUCAGCUGCAGGGACUGUGGCAAAAGCUUCAAAAUCAGCCACAGCCUCACCAUCCACCGCCGCAUCCACACCGGAGAGAAGCUGUUCCCCUGUGCAGUGUGCAGCAAGAGCUUCACCACGAGCUACAGAUUCAUCCAGCACCAACUCAUCCACAGUGGUGAGAAGCCCUUCACCUGCUCUGACUGUGGCAAGAGCUUCACCCACAGAGGCAGUCUCAAUUACCACCGCCGCACCCACACUGGUGAGCAACCCACACUGAAGGGGAAGCACAACUAGACCCACCCCGAGUCCCUUGGGAUAAUUGCGACCCUGCCCCGAGAAGGCCUUUCCAGCAGAUUGAACCAAAAUCGCCUCUUUUUCACCUGCAUUUCUCAGGCUGGGGGCUCCAUCAGGAACAAACACCUCCUGCCCUUCUGAGCACCAGUUAGUGCUGGUAAGAAUAAUUACAGUGGUGAGUCAGCACAGCCAGAGCUGCCAUUGGAGCUGGGCUGAGCUUUGUCAGGAUCUGUCCGUUUUUUCCCCAAUUCUUUGUGACUUCCUGGGGUAAAACCCUCUCUGUCCGGUGCCCAGUUGUGUCAAUAAAAGCCCAAAGUGACCCAAA